AGUUUUUCGUAAUUUACAGCUACAAAAUUACAUCUUUACCCUCUCAUUUUUUUCAUCCUCAAACCUCGUCCUGAACCCUCCGCCGUCUGCACGUGACAUCCGCCAUCCGUACCGUUGAUCAUCCACCUGUGUUUCUGCUACCCACAGUCAUUUAGGUUGCAUGUACAAUCAUAAUGCCUCGUAAGCCAACAAAAAGAGGUCACUUACGAUAUACCCAGCCCGCUUUCUCUCGUUUGGCCCGUUCCAUGGCCUUACUUAAUUCUUCCCGAAAGCCCAAACCGAAGAAUAACAAUUCCACAGUACACAAUAAAGCCACUUCGAACUCUUCAGGUAGCAGAAGAGAAAAACACGAUACCCCAAAAUCAAAGAUAAAGGAAUCACAUUCUUCUUCUGAAGAUGAGGACUUUGAGGGAGUUGUUCAAGCGGAUUUUGCGUUUUUCGACCCGAAGCCCGAUGAUUUCCACGGAGUGAAGGUCCUGUUGCCGACGUACCUCGAUAAUAAAGAAUGGGAUUUAAGCGGUUUUGUAGACUUAAUCCUGCAACAAACUACUGUGGGAACCGUAAUUAAGAUCGAAGAAGAUGAAGAUAAUGGAAUUUACGGUUUUAUUUCUGCUCUUAACAUGCAAAGAUAUAAAGAUUGUAAAUGUAUGAUGGAAGUGAAAGAGUAUUUAUUAAAAGUGUGCCAAGAUAAAGAAAUAAAAGAUAAGUUGAGAACGUAUUUCGGAGGACAAGCUGAGCAUGUCGGUCUUGUGAUCUCGCAACGCGUUGUGAAUCUGCCACCUCAGCUUUUACCACCUUUGUAUGAUGGACUUUUUGAUGAAAUCUCCUGGGCUAUUGAAGAUGAGCCGACGGAGGAGCUUAGGAAGUCGUUUUGUUUCAAAUAUUAUUUAAUUCUCAGCAGAGUCUAUAAGCAUAAGAAUGGAGACCAGAAAAAGAAAGAUUGUAGCACAACUGAAGAAGCUAUAAUUUACUUGAAGCCAGAAGAUGAAAUAUUUCACAAUCUUAGUGCAUGGUCCUUCUGCUUUCCUUUGCGUACUCAGCAGGUCACCACCAAUGAGCUUAAAGACUACCGAUCAACAGGUCUACUCAUGGCUGUUGAAGCGACCCAUGUCCCAAAUUUCCGACAACAAUUGCAUUCGUUACUUGAUGAGUCAUAGCAUGCCAUUAAAAGGCUUAAGUUUUUACAUGAUUUGAAGUUUUAACCACCAUAUGCCAUUCAAAAAUGCAUUCUGAUUUCUGAGUUGUCAUUUCACAUCAAUGUGGAGUGGAGAACUUGUGUGGGGUGCACACCCAGCUGGUUCUAUGGUCCAUUGUGGUUGGUUUUGGAAGGUGAGUGGUUGGGGACCUCAUCUGGUCUUUUCUUUCUCCCUUAAGAUUCUAUAAUCUUUGUUUCAAUAAUUGAUACAUUUCUUCAUUUGGGUGUAAUUUGCAGUUGGGGAACAUGAGCAUAAAGCAUACAACUAACAAAGAUAUCUUUGUCUAAAGUUUAC